ACUGAAGACUAGGCAGCAUGGUCUCCGAUCUUAGCUUGUUCCAUAAUGGAACAAACGUACUAAAAAAAAAAAAGAAGUUUAUUUGUAGAGGUUAUGUUUUUUGUUUAUUUAUGAUUUUUUGAAAUUGUUUUGUUAUUUUAUUCAAUUAUUAUUACAUUAAAUAUACUAAUUACCUUACUCUUUAGAUUAAAUUCACGAGCUGUUGCGAACUUUGCAGAUUCACCGUUUAUGUUUCUUCUGUUCGUUGUCCACUGUUGAUCAUAGGAGAGGACUCCUCUCCUCCAGACUGUUAAUUGGAAGAGUAGUUCUGAUUAACCUGUAUUUAUUGAUAUAUAUUGCUGUAUAGUGAUACUAAUAAAAUGUCACGUGAAGAUUCACCCCAUAAUGCAAGUAUGCAAGCAGUUAUGAAUUUUAUUAUGUCAAAUGUGCCUAAAAAAGAUAUACCUAACGUGGAAAUGGAAGCGAAAAAGGGUUUCGUACUUUCAAAAUCGAAAAGCAAACAAAAUAAAAGAACUAAACCAAAGCGUAAGAAAAAUGGCCUUACAAGAAAUCAAAAGAAAACAUUGGGGUUUUAUAAUCAACCACGAAAUUUGAUUCAGUAUGCAGAUGUCAUACCUAUAAAUAAUAUUUGGGAAAACUAUAUGGAGCAGCUCUUAGGAAAAAAUAUGCAAAUUCCAACCCCCAACAGUAAGGGAUGGGAAAAUAUAACUCAAACAUUGUACAAAGCAGAUUUUCAUGGUUGUCGCAUGCAUGUUGUACGCUCCAAAUGUCCAGGAUUUGUUGGUAAAAUGGGUAUCUGUGUUAUGGACACGAGGAACACAUUCAAAAUAGUUUCCGAGAACAACAUAGCUACAACAAUACCAAAGAAAGAUUCUGUAUUUGAAAUAAGUUUUAAAGAUAUGAAAUUUACUAUAUUUGGCCAUCAUUUAUGUACAAGACCAGCAGAUAGAACCUCAAAAAAAGUAAAAGGUCAUUCAUAUCCAGACUUUUGUUAGAAUAGUUCUUUUUUUUAUGUAGGUAUUUAAUAAAUUUAUGUGUAAUAAG